AUUACAGAGAGGUUUGAGCAUCCUGCUGCAGGUUAGAGUCGAUUCUAUAUAUGAAAAGUCGACUCUAAAGCCUCAAAGAGUCGACUAUAUAUGACCAACAUUCGACUCCCAAAUUCCAGAGAGGUUUGAGCAUCCGACUGCAGGUUAGAGUCGACUCUAUACAUAAAGAGUCGACUCUAAACCCUCAAAGAGUCGACUAUAAAUAAGCAACAGUCAACUCCCAAAUUCCAGAGAGCAGGGGAAGUUCCCCGUGGUGCGUAUAGUCGACUGUGUUCCUUAUAGAGUCGACUCUUAACCCAUAAGAGUCGACUCUAAUAUUAAAAAGUCGACUAAAGGAGAAAAAAAAUGAAAAAGGCUGAGUGGAUGUCAACGUCUUGGUUUGCGAUCAUCCUGAGUAUGCCAAGAAGUUUGCUGAAGAAACGUGGGCGAAGAACAAGGAUGAAUGCAGCAUUUGAAGAGGCAGAGAAGAAAAAAGAAGAGGAGGAAUCUAAGGAUGCAGUUGAUUCUGAUGUUGAGAAUAGAGACGAUGCCGACAAUGCUGAAGAAGAUUCUGAUUCUGAAACCAAAUCAAACGGAAGUGAAGAGACCAAGGAAGAUGAUGAGCUUUGAGGCAAAAGCACCGUGAUGUUUUGCUGACAAUAUGGGUCCAGAGAUAGGAAGGCAAUUAAGCUCCCCAAAAUUUUUCCAUGAUCUUUUUUUAUCUUCAGCUGUAGGAUUUCUGUUUUAGUGGAGAACAAAAUUGAAGGAAGCAAUUUAAAUUGUAUGAGCCUUUAGAGCGAAGGUCACAUUCAGAUUAUAAAAUAGUUUGGACAUU